GAACCCUACCAUUCGUUUCCUCCCUUGCAAAUUGGCGGAACCUCCGUUCCUCCUCUCUAUCUUUCAUACGAUUCCCAUUAUCGAAUCUGGUUUUUGCCUAAUAAUCAUGAUCCAUUUCAUAAUUUACAGUUUCUCGAAGUUGUAUUUUGAAUCUAGGCUAAAGGGGUUCGUUCUAAACAUUAAAUUUAUACCCAGAUCAUAAUAUUGAUUUUAAUGAAAGACGAUGGCUUCAAUAGUUAUCUCAUGGCUGAAAAAGUCAAAAAAUAUAGGAGCAUAUUAUGGCGUCUUUCUACCUGCUACUUUUCUACUCUGUCUAGCAUUAUUGAUUGGUGCUAUAUUUGUGGGUAAAGAUCAUAGAGAGAGAUCAAUUAGAUGGGGCAUAGACGUUAUACGAGGCUCACUAUAUGCAAACGUAACAAGUGAGAACUUACAACGACAAUCACAAUCACAAUCACAAUCACAAUCGCAAUCACAAUCACAACUGCAACUACCAACACAACAACAACAACCACCAACUUGGCGGCCUCAACUGCAACCACUACCCCCGCCUCCGCCACCACCACCGGAGCUGCCGCAACCACACGAGGAGGAGCAUAUAUGCGUAUUUAAGAACUUACAACCACCACCAACACCACAACAACCAACUUGGCGGCCUCAACUGCAACCUCUACCCCCGCCGCCACCACCACCAUUGGAGCUGCAAACACCACCACAACCACAUGACUACAAGGAGGAGCAGAUGUGCUUAUCUCAGAGUCAAUAUCGUCUGCCUGGAAGCGAGCCGUUACCUAAAGGACUUGUUGCCAAUACGUCUGACUUGCAAAUGCAACCACUAUGGGGUCGUCGUAAGAAAGUAAAUUCAACAACAAGCUUAUUUACUGCUGCAGUUGGCAUUAAACAAAAGGAAACAGUUGAUAAAAUGGUGAGAAAGUUUUUAUCAAGUGAUUUCAGUGUGAUGCUUUUUCAUUACGACGGUGUUGUUGAUGCAUGGAAGGAUCUCGAAUGGGCCGACAAUGUGGUACAUGUUUCCGCAGUUAAUCAAACAAAAUGGUGGUUUGCAAAACGUUUUUUACAUCCAGAUAUAGUUACGGAAUACAGUUAUAUUUUUGUGUGGGAUGAAGAUCUUGGAGUUGACAAUUUUGACCCUGACCGAUAUCUGUCAAUAGUUAAAGAUGAAGGUCUUGAAAUUUCACAACCGGCACUUGAUACAGAACUAUCUGAGGUGCAUCAUACAAUCACCGCACGAUGGAGAAACUCAAUUGUUCACAGGAGGGUUAAACCUGACAAGCAUGGAUGUGACCCGACAAAUGACUAUCCUCCUUGCACAGGGUGGGUAGAGUUGAUGGCACCAGUCUUCUCCCGAGCUGCCUGGCAAUGUAUAUGGUGUAUGAUCCAGAGUGACUUGAACCAUGCAUGGGGACUAGAUAUUCUGUUUGGUUAUUGUGCACAGGGAGACAGAACAAAAAAUGUUGGGGUUGUGGAUGCCGAAUACAUUGUUCACUAUGGUAUUCCAACCUUUGGGGAGCUUCAAAACAAGGAAAAAAAUGACGCUUCGGAACCAAAUGCUAGACUGGAAGUGAGAAGGCAAUCACAUCAUGAAUACAAGAUAUUCAAAAGAAGAUGGCAGGAAGCUGCUAAAGAGGAUGAAUCUUGGGUUGAUCCUUACCCUUAUUCUUGGAACUAUAGCAUCAUGUAACAACCUCCAUUGAUUCACCACCUUUUGAUGAUGUCAACAAGUUGAGUCGUUGCUGUUGCGUCACACAUUUAAAAUAAUUUUUAAAUGUAUACUCGCACUAAAAGUUAGAUCUAAGGUAAGAUCGUGUAUCACUACAACAACUAUGCAAUUUGUACGUGUAAAUUUGUGUAAACAAAACACAUUUACUGAAAAGAAAAAGUAUACAGUAAGAAAUCCUGUUUUAAUUUUGGAAACAA